GAUGCACCCUUGCUCAGAUAGCGAUGUGAAAUGCGGUCUGUGGUUUCAAGAGAUGAUUUAAGGGCUGCAUUUUCAUUAUCUCGCUGUAUAAGCUCCUCCCCUAGCGGCUAACCUUGAAUACUUGGCGUAAGUUAAAACCCUAUGGUAGUCAAAUACUGUAUUGAUAAGAAGCAUUGCAUCGGUGUAUUCGAGUGAAAUAAGCAGAGAACGCGCCGCCUGUUGCAGUGUCUAUUGAGACGUCACGACGAGUAGAAUGUCUUUCGAGUACACGGAAAUAACGGAUCCACUGUUUGUGGAAAACAAGCAGGCAAAUGAUGAAGAGAACUUCAUCAUGGUACGUGCAAAGGACUGGAGUGAUGUGCCAAUAGCUCUUCCAAAUUGGCAACCUGAACCCCACUGCUUCAGCACAGAAUUUCGAAAGUAUGAACAGGACUUGACUGACUUCGAGGUUCGUCCGGAUGAUGUGUGGGUGGCUUCGUAUCCGAAGAGUGGAACAACCUGGUGCCAGGAGAUGGUUUGGUUGAUAUGCAAUGAUCUGAACUUUGAGGCCGCCCGAGCUGAAUCAUUGCGUACGCGAUUCCCGUUCCUCGAUAUUAGUCUGAUACACGAUAUCAACAGCAAUUCGUUCGCAAAAAUUCACGAGAUGGAGGGACGUCCACGGUUCAUUAAAACGCACCUACCAGUUUCGAUGCUACCGAAAAGCUACUGGACGGCUAAACCAAAGACGGUGUACAUCAGGCGUAAUCCGAAGGCGGUCGGUGUAUCGUAUUACCACCACUCUCGCCGCAUUUUCUACCGUGGUACGAUGGAAAACUUUAUUCAGUCGUUCAUUCACGAGCAUCACUUCUACUCACCGAUUCAUGCGCACGUGAUCGAGUACCAUGAGCUGCGAGGCAGCGAUAAUGUGCUUCUUAUUUCUUAUGAGGAAAUGAAGCAUGAGUUGGCGUCGGUUGUCGCACGAGUUUGCAAGUUUUUCAGCAAAUCUUAUACUGAAUCUCAACUUUCUAAAUUGUACGAACAUCUGUCCUUUGAAUCGAUGCGAAAUAAUAAGGCUUGCAAUUACGAAGGACAUACCACUACGAUCGACGGUACCGACUUACGCUUCCUCAGAAAAGGAAAAACAGACAGCUGGAAAGAGGAAUUGUCGCCGGAAUUAAUCGAUGCACUUGAUCGGUGGACAUUGGAAAAGGUAGCAAAUGAGCAUCACCGGAAAUUGUUCUUAUAAAAACGAGAACGAUGCAGAAAUAUAAUUAAAACGAAUUGUUAGUUUUCCUUUUUCGUAAGACAAACUAUAAAGCUCGAAAUUUGUCAUUAAAAGCAUGUGGAACGCACAUAUUACAAAUUAUUCUUGUAAGGACUUCUCUUCUUAUUCUUAACCAAUCAUUUAUAAAACAUUAAUUUUCCGAUUAAGGUUCGCCGCCCUACGCAAAAGCUCCAGUGUCUUGAUAAAAGCUUCGGUCGCUCAUAAAAGCC